AUGUCGUCUCCUCAGCAAAUCCGCACCACCACCACCGAACUCCUCAACAUCAAACACCCCAUCAUGCUCGCCGGCAUGAACGUCGCUGCUGGCCCUAAGCUCGCGGCCGCCGUGACGAACGCAGGCGGCAUUGGUGUCAUUGGCGGUGUCGGCUACACACCUGAUAUGCUGCGAGAGCAAGUCGCAGAGUUGAAGGCUGGGUUGACGGAUAAGAGUGCACCGUUUGGUGUUGAUCUGUUGUUGCCGCAGGUGGGCGGUGGUGCGAGGAAGACGAAUUAUGAUUACACGAAGGGCAAGCUUGACGAGCUCGUCAGCAUCAUCAUCGAGAGCGGAGCGAAGCUGUUCGUCAGCGCUGUUGGUGUACCACCAAAGAGCAUCGUAGAUCGAUUGCACAAAGAGGGCAUCUUCUACAUGAACAUGAUCGGCCACCCCAAGCAUGUGCAAAAAUGCCUCGACCUCGGCGUCGACCUCAUCUGCGCCCAAGGCGGCGAGGGCGGCGGCCACACCGGCGACGUCCCCACCUCCGUCCUCAUCCCCACGGUCAAAGCCCUCUGCGAAGGCCACAAGAGCCCCAUGACCGGCAAGGAAGUCCAAGUCGUCGCCGCCGGCGGCAUCUUCAACGGACAGAGCUUGGCUUCGGCCAUGGCGCUCGGUGCGUCCGCCGUCUGGGUCGGUACGCGGUUCGUGCUGUCGGAGGAGGCAGGCGCGCCGAAGGCGCACAAGGAGGCUGUGAGGACUUCUGGGUUCGACGACAAUGUGCGGACGAUUAUCUUCACUGGGCGGCCGCUGCGGGUGCGGAAGAACCCGUACAUCGACAACUGGGAGACGAACCGCCAGAGCGAGAUCAAGGAGCUUACGGACAAGGGCACGAUUCCCGUGGAGCACGAUUUGGAGAAGAUGGGCGAUGAUGUUGAUGAUGACACGAUGGACAAUGCGAGGCCGUUCUUGAUGGGCAAAGUGGCUGCUGUUGUGAAUGAGUCGAAGAGCGCAAAGGAUAUUAUUGACGAGAUGGUUGGCGGUGCGGUGGAAUGGAUUGGCAAGAUGAACUCGUCGAUUGUUGGGAAGUCGAGGUUGUAG